UCUUAAGCUUUGACUUCCCACUUUUUCAUUUCUUCUCCUUUUCUUCCCACAUAACAUACUUCCCCUCUAACGCCCAACCUGGCGACAAACCUCACUCAUUCUCAGAUACUCAUUCAUUCAUUUUCUUCCCCUCUCUCUACUUUCUCAUUGCCCACUACCUGAACUGUUCAAUUUUCAUCACAGAUUCUUCAACCCGAAAAAUCAAAUCCUUGUUUCUCUGUUCCAGUUUUUGUGAAGUGAACUAUUUAGAAGCCUGGGUGGAUUGUGCUAUCAUUUUGGAAAUGGGUGUUGAGGGCAGAUUUAUACUAUCACUUUGAUGCUUGCUGUCUUUAUUUCUGUCUAUGGCUUCCAGUAAUGGCACUAAAGUUCCUGUAGGGAGUGGUGUGUUCCCUUCAAAAGUAUCUGCCUCUACUAAAUCAAAGCAAGAUUUAAGUGAUCAGUUUUCGCAAUCGGUACAGAUUACUUCUAAUGUUGGAGUUUCUGAGAGUAAAAAGUGUAAAUCUUUACGGCAAAAUGCUUCAACCAACUCAUUAUCCAACAAGAAUAAAUCAUCCUCUUUGUUGGGUGUUGAACCAUCUUCAACUGGAUUGAGUCCUGUUGAGAUUGAUGAUCGAUUUUCGGAGGAUAUUUCGAUUGAUCAAGAAAAGAAAAUCUCAGAGUAUGGAAGUAUUAAAGAUAGUUCAGUGUCUGGAAAGACUAGUGGGAGUGCCAAGACGAGUGGUCGGCUAGAUUUUGUUGAGAGUGGUAAGAGUAGUUUGUGUAGAGGAAGUACGAGUACGGAUGUGAGUGAUGAGAGUAGUUGCAGCAGUUUUAGUAGCACCAUAAGCAAGCCACACAAGGGAAAUGAUUUGAGAUGGGAAGCUAUUCAAGUAGUCCGGGCAAGGGAUGGACUUUUGGGGUUGAGCCACUUUAGAUUGCUCAAACGAUUAGGAUGUGGCGAUAUCGGUAGUGUAUACCUUGCUGAGUUGAGUGGAACUAAGUGCUAUUUUGCUAUGAAAGUAAUGGACAAAGCAUCUUUGGCGAGUCGUAAGAAGUUACUCCGAGCUCAGACUGAACGAGAGAUUUUGCAAUCUUUGGAUCACCCGUUUCUUCCUACACUGUAUACCCACUUUGAGACAGACAAAUUCUCUUGUUUGGUGAUGGAAUUCUGUCCUGGGGGAGAUUUGCACACUCUUAGGCAGAGGCAGCCUGGGAAAUUCUUUACGGAACAAGCAGUGAAAUUUUAUGUAGCUGAAGUCCUCCUAUCACUGGAAUAUCUUCACAUGCUUGGGAUAGUCUACCGUGAUCUUAAGCCAGAAAACGUCCUUGUUCGAGAUGAUGGGCACAUAAUGCUCUCAGACUUUGAUCUUUCCCUUCGCUGUGCAGUCAGUCCCACAUUAGUGAAGUCAACCUCAAAUGAGACUGAUCAUUCACGAAAAGAUCCUGCUUACUGCGUACAACCAGCUUGUAUUGCGCCUUCAUGCAUCCAGCCCUCGUGUGUAGCUCCCACGACAUGCUUCUCACCGCGUUUCUUCACUAGCAGGUCCAAAAAGGAGAAAAAAGCAAAGAAUGAAACAGGAAACCAAGUGAAUCCACUGCCUGAGCUUAUGGCGGAGCCAACCAAUGCAAGGUCAAUGUCUUUUGUCGGGACCCACGAGUACUUGGCUCCUGAAAUCAUCAAAGGUGAAGGUCAUGGAAGUGCGGUUGACUGGUGGACAUUUGGGAUCUUUCUUUAUGAGCUGUUGUUUGGUAGAACUCCGUUCAAGGGAUCAGGGAAUCGUGCCACCCUGUUCAACGUUGUGGGACAACCUCUCCGGUUCCCUGAAGCCCCAGCUGUAAGCUUUGCAGCAAGGGAUCUAAUAAAAGGGCUGCUCGUCAAAGAACCACAUCACAGAUUAGCGUACAAAAGAGGGGCAACGGAAAUCAAGCAACACCCUUUCUUCGAAGGCGUAAACUGGGCACUGAUUCGGUGUGCUACACCUCCUGAGAUACCAAAGCCCGUUGUUAUCGAAAGGGCAAUGGCUCCUCCAGCCUCUAGUGAAAAAGCUGCUCUUGCUAUGGGGGAUCCAGAACACAAGGGUUCUGACAAUUACCUUGAAUUCGAUUUUUUUUAAGGUUGCAAUCUUUCAACCAUUUUUCUUCGUCAUUUUCGUAUGUUUUUCACUCCGCUGAUUAGGUUAAGUGUUGCCAAAGUUUUCAUCAGCGUUGCUAGUUUCGUGGAGCACAAAUUGGGAGAAAAGAAGGGGGGGAGUUGGAGUUUCUUGUACUCGGGUGGCAGACGUUGACGUCUUUGCUGAUCUCGCCUUAUUAUUGGUUGUUGUUGCCUCAUUCCUGUAAUGUAUGCAUUAUAUCUUCGGUAGAUUCUGCUCUCCAAAGACUUGAAGAGAUGUAAAAUGUACAUGUAUCUUGAUAUUUGCUCCUUUUAUUUAAUUCGAGAGGUUUUAUUUGCA